CCUUGAGGUUCUUGCCAUUUAGUUUUCUUUGCUUUGUAUUUAUAUAUAAACAAACUCUCUCUUUGAUCUUAGUCAGUACUAUAAUAUAUGUUACUUGAAAUGGGUUCAAUCCUUGAAAGCUCCACCAUAGAAAAUGAAGAAAUAGAAAACCAAUACCUUCAGAAAGGAGUGAGACACUUGUGUGAAAGAGGGCUGACCAGAGUUCCAAGCAAGUACAUAUUGCCCAUCAACGAACGACCCAACUUGGGAGACACAAGGGUUAAUGCUGGCAACCUUAACCUCAAGCUGCCAGUUAUUGAUUUCACUCAGUUUCAAAGCUCAGAUAGAUGCCAAGCAAUACAUUCCCUCGAAAAGGCUUGCCGAGAAUUCGGAUUUUUUCAGUUGGUAAACCAUGGUAUCAAAGAUGAUGUUAUUCUUCGAAUGGUGGAUGUAAGUAGAAGAUUUUUCGAGCUCGCUUUCGACGAGAGAGCAAAGUACAUGUCAAAGGACAUGGCUUCCCCCGCUAGGUAUGGAACAAGCUUUAACCAGAGCAAUGACAAAGUGUUCUGCUGGAGAGACUUUCUGAAACUUAGCUGCCAACCUUUAGAAGACACUGUGCCUUAUUGGCCUUCCUCUCCUAAGGACUUAAGGGAGGCAGUCGUGAACUACUCGAAGAGCACUAAUUUUUUGUAUCUAAUGCUAAUGGAGGCCAUCUUGGAAAGCCUAGGAUUGGAGGAAACAACAGAAGGUGCUGAAAGAAAAAGCAGAAGCAUAGAGGAAUUUGAAGAUGGAAGCCAACUCAUUGUGGCGAAUUGCUACCCUGCAUGCCCUGAGCCAGAUUUAACACUAGGCUUGCCACCCCAUUCCGAUUAUGGCCUCCUCACUCUUCUCCUUCAAGAUGAAGUCGAGGGCCUUCAAAUACAACAUGAGGGUAGAUGGGUAACUGUGGAACCACUUCCAAAUUCAUUCGUUGUCAAUGUUGGUGAUCAUCUUGAGAUAUUCAGCAAUGGGAGAUACAAGAGCGUGCUCCACAGGGUUCUUGUCAACUCCUGCAAGUCUCGCAUCUCUGUGGCCUCAUUGCACAGCCUGCCAUUCAACAGCAUGGUUCGACCAUCGCCAAAACUCAUUGACCAAGCCAACCCUCUACGCUAUAAGGACACAGACUUCGCCACUUUCCUUCGCUUUGUUUCUUCUCAUAACAUGAACACCAAGACUUUCUUAGAAUCCAGGAAAUUGACUACAUGACCCAAAAAAGAAUGGUAGAUUUCCACAAGAGUUUUGGCGUUGCACAUGCCUAGACUGUAAAUGAGAGAAAGAUCUCUAGAAAUUGAAUUUUCUUUUAUUAUUAUUUUUUUUUUUGCGUGUGUGGCAAUCUUUGACUUUUAUUAGGUUUUAUUAGAACCAUCUUUGGUAGAAAUAAUCAAGGGGGGGAAUUUUUCAUUGAGAAAAAUAAGACAGG